AUGGAACAUGCAAUAACAUGCCGUGAAGUGGCACGUACGAUUCAAACAAGCCCAGCGUUUGAGUUUCAUGGUUGUCAGAUAUCAACAAGUUUACAUGAAUUUCGAGACAAAUUGAUAACAGCAGAUACUUCAUUACGUAAUAUGUUUGACAGAUGUUCGAUAGUAUGUGAAUCAUUUGAAACAGAAAUCGAAACAAUGAUGGAAUUCAUGAAACGUAAAGGUGACACCCAAUAUUUUAAGAAGAGGGUGGAAAAAUUAUUAAUCAAAAUUAAGGAACUUCGACGAUUAGUAGAAAAAUCUCAUAGAUUAAUACUUGACGCAAAAGGAAAUAAUCAUAACAUCGAAGGUAAUAUUGAGUAUGGAUUAAGUGAGGCCGAAAAUUUUUGUUACAAUAAUGAACGAUACUUGGCUGAUAUCGAUAAAGCUAAGGAAAAACUUGUGAUUGUCGAGGAUAGUUUGGAUAAUUUACAUGACAUUUCUCAUCUAUUAACUAAAAUGAAAGCAAUUUUGAUGAGGUAUGAAGAGAAAUUAUUAAUGAUCACUCCUGAAGUUAAUGGUGACAAUACAUUUGAAGUUACUAGGGAUGAUCUCAAUUCUUUAAACUCUGCUAUUGAAAAAUUAAAAACGUGUCAUUAUAAAUUUGCUCAGAGAUGCGAAGAAAUUUAA